UACACACGCCUGUCUUAUUAUAUGACGAACAAUAGUGCAAAAGAGAAUUUUGAGCAAUAUCACCUGAAACUAUUUAUUUGAUAUUGUUUAGUUUAGUGUCCACAGAAUGAAAAGCGUCGUGACGGUGUGCUGUCUGAGUUUUCUGCUGGGUCUUGUGGCUGUAGUUGAGACUGAUGAAGACUACACUGAGGAUGAAGAGAUGAUCCUGUCUCUAAUUCUGCAGGAUGACACCCAGCCUGAAGCAGAGAGCAGGCCAUCCGCCCAGUUUUACCGGUGCACUAAGGACGCAUGGCGCAUGCCGGGUCAGUACAUAGUGGUGAUGCGGAACGGAACGCACGUGAACCAGGUGGAGCGCACCGCGCGCAGACUCCGCGCAAAAGCCGCCAAACGCGGAUAUCUGAUCGAAAUACUGCAGACUUAUUCGGGAGCUUUCCACGGGUUUCUGGUGAAAAUGAGCAGCGAUGUUCUUCACAUGGCAGUAAAGCUGCCCCAUGUGGAAUACAUUGAAGAGGAUUCCUCCAUUUUUGCCCAGAGCAUCCCAUGGAACCUGCAGCGCAUCCUUCAAAACAAACAUGAGACUGGAAAAUACUCACCACCCAAUGACGGAGCAAAGGUAGGAGUGUAUCUUUUGGACACAAGUGUUCAAGUGACUCAUCGUGAGAUUGAGGACAGGGUGAUGGUGACGGACUUCAACAGUGUGCCAGAGGAGGAUGGGGUCAGAGUUCACAGACAGGCUAGUCAGUGUGACAGUCAUGGCACACACACAGCAGGUGUGGUCAGUGGACGGGACUCAGGUGUAGCUCGAGGUGCCAGUGUAAACAGUGUCCGAGUGUUAAACUGCCAAGGCAAGGGUACCGUGUCAGGAGCUUUGGCAGGUCUGGAGUAUAUCCAGUCAUCUCUGAUGUCUCAGCCUAUCAGACCUGUGAUCGUACUGCUGCCAUUUGUAGGGGGAUUCAGUCGCACACUCAACACUGCCUGCAGGAAAAUGGUGGAAUCUGACACAGUGCUUAUUGCUGCAGCUGGUAACUACAACGAUGAUGCUUGUCUGUACUCACCAGCCUCAGAGCCAGAGGUGAUAACAGUAGGGGCCGUUAAUUUGGCUGACCAGCCCUUGAGCACUGGGACGACAGGCACCAAUGUGGGCCGCUGCGUGGAUGUGUUCGCACCUGGUGAUGACAUCAUCAGUGCUUCCAGCGAUUGCUCCACCUGCUUCACCACCAAGAGCGGAACAUCACAGGCAGCGGCACAUGUUGCUGGUAUAGCAGCGGUGCUCCUGAAUCUGAGUCCAAACUCCAGCUCUGCUGAGCUUCUGCAGCAGCUCCUCCAUCAUUCAGUGAGACAGAUCAUUAAUCCAGAGUCUCUGCCACUGAACCACCGUCUCACUACACCCAACAUGGUGGCCACCCUGCCCGACUCGACCUCCACACUCAUAGGAGAGGAUCUGCUUUGUAGAUCCGUUUGGUCUGAGAGGUCAGCUGUUAAAGGUUUGGCCACAACUACAGCCCGCUGUCGCCACGGUGAAGAGAUGCUGAGCUGCUCCAGUUUCUCACAAAAUGGAGCAAGAGCUGGAGAAAGAGUGGAGGAGAGAGAUGGGCAGAAAGAGUGUGUUGCUGUCAAUGGGAAUGGAGGGCAUGGUGUGUUCGCUGUAGCGCGCUGCUGCACAGGCCAUAAAGCUCAGUGCCAGAUGUUAGAGAGUCCCAAGAGAGGCGAGGUUGCAGAAUGUCCUCCAGACCACCAGCUGACAGGCUGCAGUUCUUCCUCUUCAUCUGGAGAUGUAUCAGACUCUGAUCGACCUCCACAUGGCAGCCGCGGGGCAUGUCCUGCUAAAAGGGGUGAAAUGUCAUACGCAUCCUGCUGCCACACAUCCUCUCUGGAAUGCCGGCUGAAAGAACACGACCCCACGGGUCUCAGUGAGCAGGUGGAGGUUUCAUGUGAGGACUCGUGGACACUGACAGGCUGUCAGGGUCUGUCGCAUGGUUCUGGUGUUUGUGGGGCAUUUGCUUUGGGAAACACCUGUGUAGUUCAUACAUCUGGAGGAGAUAAAGGGACUGCCGCCAUCGCCACCUGCUGCAGGCACCGCCCGUCCCACCAGCCAUCUGACCACUGAGGGAUAUGCGUGCCUCUUUUGUCACUUCUCUAAAUACGUAACCAUGUACAUGACUUCUAUAACACAUAUAACAGUAGGAGGUGUUACACAGUUAAGCUCAGUUCUGUCACUAUGCAAUAUUACACGACAGAGAAGUGCACUGUAACCAGUUCUGUAUAUAACUAAAUCCAAUCUAGACACUCAACAAGUGGCACUAUAACACUUAAAACACUUUGAAUGGCCUUUAAACUGCGAAACAUGCAUCAGUGCAUUAAUAUUAGAAUUCUGACGAUAAUAAUUUUUAUGUUACGGCUAUGAAAAUGCUAUACUAUUUUAUUUAAAUAAUAAUAAAAAACACUGAAAAUUAAAAUAAAUUUCAUUUUGAGAUUUGCUAAAAAUGACAUUUAACAGUGGUAAAGCGAGCAUUUGAUGACAGCUAACGACAGCUGCGUGUGUGAAAUAAACAAUAUAAGCCAAUAUAUUUAAAAUGUUCCAAUGCUUUGACUGUAUUUAGACCAGCACUUUUCAUUUUGAUAUUUACACCUAUUCUGAAUUUAAAAAAAGAAAAAGAUAUUUUCACAAUUUUUGGCAAGAGCGUUAUCUACUAUUACGCAUGUGCACUGUGUAUAAGAGUGUAAUUCUUUUUUAUAAAUGUAUAUUUUUAUACUACAAACUUUGACAACUUCAUGUAAUGGUCUAAAAUCAACUUCAGACUUGACGCAUACAAAAUCACACAGUCUGAAAAGUUGUGCAUUCCAGUUUUUCCUUUUUUAUAUCAAAUGUUUUCAUUGUCAAACUCUGAUGUACAAAUUAAAAUGUGGUUUUAACAUGCAUUAACUGAUUCCUUUACACAUCAUACACACUCGCAGCAGAAAUGAAAUCACAGAUCCACCGAGUGGUUGGUACAGCAUCUACAGGUGUAGGAAAGGUUAAAAAAGAUUGAUUGGAGGGAGGAGGAUCAGAUUUGUUGAUAGUUUUAACACCCUGUUCACUCAAGUACACCAUAUUUCAAAUAAGACUCUACAGCACUGAGUAUAUACUGUAAUCCCACUGUAUUUUACGGGCUCCUUUAGUGAAAACCUAAGCAGGCAGUUGAGCUGAAAUUAGUGUGUUAUCUUUGCAAAUGUGCAUAUUUCAGCAAAAUAAGAAAGAUGCCUUGUGUUUAGGCAUUGAUCUGAUUAAUUCUCCCCUCAAUUGUAACUGAGCACUGUGCCUUCAGCCCUGAAACGUUUAAAAAUAAUCCUCCAUUAGCAAUGAACCAUUUACUGAUUCAAAGCAUAAAGGCAGUUGCGAGUACUGCGGUGUUUUGCUGACUAUUAGAGGCCAAAACCAUGAGAACGAAACAAAAAGUCAAAGACCCUACUGAAAAAAACUGCUUAAACAAGCCUUAACGGGUUUGCUGGUUUUACCAGGCCUUCAGCAUGAUCAAUCUUGAGUUUCAGUGCCUCAAGCUACUCUAAUACUAGCAAACCAGGCUGGCCAUGUUGAAAAAACAAACAUGUUGAACCAGCUCAAGAUGGUGUGCUGGUUUUACCUGGUCUCCCAGCCUGAGCAAUCUUGAGUUUAAGUACCAAAAUCACUCUUAAAACCAGCAAACCAGGCUGGCCUGUUGAAAGAAAACCCAUUAAACCAGCUCAAGAUGCUGUGCUGGUUUUACCUAGUCUCCCAGCCUGAGCAAUCUUUAGUUUAAGUACCAAUAUCACUCUAAAACCAGCAAAUCAGGCUGGCCUGUUGAAAAAAAAAAAAAACAUGAUAAACCAGCUCAAGAUGGUGUGCUGGUUUUACCUGGUCUCCUAGUCUGGGCAACCUUGUGUUUAAGUGCCCCAAACCACUCUAAAACCAGCAAGCCAGGCUGGCCCUUUUGAAACAAACAAGCAAACAAACAAACAUGUUAAACCAGUUUAAAAUAGUGUGCUGGUUUUAUCUGGCUUCCCUGCCUAAGCAAUCUUGAGGUUAUGUGUCCAAGCCUCAAUGUUGUUAAAAGAUGUUAAACCAGUUUAAGAUGGUGUGCUGAUUUUACCUGGUCUCCCAGCCUGACCAAUCUAGAGUUUAUGUGCCCAAAACCAGCUAAGUCGGCUGGCUCCAUCAUCUUAAACCAGUCUAGGCUGGUUUGCUUCUCUUAGUUGCUCUUCCAGCCUGCUCAGGCUGGUCUGUUGGCUGGUACUAAAUGGUUUUUGGACACUUAACCACCUAAACACAACUUAGCUGGGCUGAGAGACCAGCAUAGACCAGCAAAUGCACCUAGGCUGGUUUAAGAUUUACUUUAUAAACCAGCUUCUUUGGCCAGUUUAUGCAGUUUUUUUCCAGAAACAAAGUCUCUCACACAUACAAACAUGCACAGAAGCGUGGCAAAAAAAGCGUCAAUGUGAAAGUUGCGAAGAGCAGAUGACUGUGAGGUAAAAAGCAGCACUAACUUUUGUGUGAGGUGGCAUUGAGGUCUUUCCGCUGUAAACAUUGAAGCAAUGUCACUAAGUGUUCAAGUCUAAAUACAAAAUGAGCAGCAAACGGCAGCUGAAACACCCUGCAGACUACCUGAAAGAGGGACAUCACAGGCCCGGCUCAAACAAGGGGCCGUGACGCACGAGGCGCCAUCUGUGUCCUCAUAUGGCGCUUUGAGAUGAGCUCAGCCGAGCCAUCCGAGUAUAUGUGUGUGCGUUGUUAGCGUAAUGUUGAGUGGGUUCAGGCAUUUGUAUAGCACAACGUGUCCACUGGUUUGUCUCAAGGCGAGGACGUGAGCGGCGUAGGGGAGGAGUCGAGUAAAGGCACUUUACUACUCUGUGAGAACUUUCCGGUCCCUCCAACAACCUUCGUCUUUCUCUCCCCCUCCCCCUUUGACCACUUUCCACCCCAUCCUCGCCUUGUCAUUCGUUUUGCAUUGCGUAAGGCAGACUGAACACAAAAGAUGCAGGCAAAGAAACAAACAAACAAACAAAAAAAAGAGACAAAUUUGGCUAAAUUAACCCUGAAAAGUGUCUUCACGUCCCUAGACCUUCAUACCAGAGCGGCACAAGACAACAUCAAAACAGAUGAAAUGAAAGAGUGAGACAGUUUCUCAAUGACAAACUCUGCUGAUUGUAGCACUCAUUGUCUUUCAGGAAGAAAAAAAGCUUGUUGGACAGUAGCGUCUCUGCGUGUUGCAUAUGUGUCGUCAGACGCAUCUGCUGAUGCAAUAUGUCUUCCGCUGUAAGGUCAGUCCGCCAUCAUAUUUUGUAUAGCACUGCAAACAGCUUGUGUCUUUUGCUGCACGCUGUUCCAAUCCAAGAAAUCGAUGGACAGAGAGCAGCGAAGGACAUCCGUCCAAUUGUCUCCACGUGAUGAAUUAGUCUCAAAUUGAAUUCAAAUUUAAAGUGCAUUUUAAAAAAUACCAGCAAGAAAGAGAAGGGAAAAACGGUGUGACUAUUUGACUCUCAGAGACUUGGCAAGUUCCUCUUUUUUUCGAAUAAAUUUGAGGCCCCUCUCAAAAAAAACCAAAAAAAAAAAAAAAAAAAAAAAGGAAUCAGUAAAGGAUUCUUAAAAAUAUUAUUUUACAUUUGAAAUUACACUUAUGGAACACAUCUUUACAUUUCUCAUGAAUAGUAUCUACUUAAUUACAUUGGCAAAUAUACGCUGACUUCUUUUAAAACGCCCUGUCUGGCACCAUAGUAGUAGUUCGGCGUAAAAACGUCAAGGAAACAAACGCCUCCGUUUUUAUUAAGUCUCACUCGUCUGACAGAACUCAAGUCAGAAGAAACAUCUAAAUCACUUGCAUGACCUGAACUCUAAUUACAUCCAGCCAGGCUUCGACCACCAGAAGAGAGAGA